AUGGAGCUUGAUUUGUCCCCUAAGUUGGCAAAGAAAGUAUACGGAGGAGAGGGUGGAUCAUAUUAUGCAUGGUGUCCAAAUGAACUGCCUAUGCUACGUGAAGGCAAUAUCGGCGGUGCAAAGCUUGCUCUCGAGAAAAAUGGCUUGGCUAUGCCUCGUUACUCUGAUUCCGCCAAGGUCGCAUAUGUCCUUCAAGGGAGUGGAGUGGUUGGAAUUGUGCUUCCAGAAAAAGAAGAGAAGGUGCUUGCAAUCAAGAAGGGUGAUGCCAUUGCACUUCCCUUUGGUGUUGUCACAUGGUGGUACAAUAAACAGGACACUGAACUUGUGAUCCUCUUCCUUGGAGAUACCAAAACAGCCCACAAAGCCGGUUCGUUUACCGACUUCUUCUUAACGGGAUCUAAUGGAAUCUUCACUGGGUUCUCAACCGAAUUUGUCAGCAGGGCAUGGGACUUAGAAGAGAGCGUUGUGAAAACUCUUGUUGGACAGCAGUCUGGUAAGGGUAUCGUCAAACUCGAUGCUGGUUUUCAAAUGCCUGGGCCUAAGGCAGAGCACCGCAAAGGCAUGGCCUUAAAUUGCGAGGAAGCUCCAUUGGAUGUGGACAUUAAAAAUGGUGGAAAGGUUGUGGUUCUGAACACGAAUAAUUUGCCGUUGGUCGGUGAGGUUGGACUUGGGGCUGAUCUUGUGAGAUUGAAUGGAAGUGCAAUGUGUUCUCCAGGUUUCUCUUGCGACUCUGCCUUGCAAGUCACAUAUAUUGUCCGGGGCAGUGGCCGUGCUCAGGUUGUUGGUGUCGAUGGCAAGCGUGUCCUUGAGACGACAGUUAAGGCUGGUAAUCUGUUCAUUGUUCCAAGAUUCUUUGUAGUUUCAAAGAUUGCUGAUCCAGAUGGUUUGGAGUGGUUCUCUAUCAUCACAACUCCUAAUCCAAUUUUCACACAUUUAGCUGGAAGGACUUCAGUUUGGAAGGCCUUGUCUCCCCAGGUGCUACAGGCUUCCUUCAAAGUUGGUCCUGAAGUAGAGCAGAAAUUCAGCUCAAAGAGAAAGGCUGAAGAAAUUUUCUUCCCACCACCAAAUUGA